AUGGUGACUCCAUCUGGGCGUUACCGUCUCCACGGUCAAGCCCAACGGGUUCCAGUUCUGUCGGGAAUCCAGCUGCUUUGUUUCGGAAGUCAAAAAGAACAGAUUAUUUUUAACAGCAAAAUAAAAUCAAUCAACAGUCUCGAUUUAUAUGAAGGUCUGGAUGAUGGCUCCGAAUCCGAAAAUUGCGUUUCUAAGUCGAAUGAUUGUAUACCCGAAAUUGUCGAAAAAUCAGAUUCAGGAUUUGAAUCAUUUCAAGAGCAGUAUGAGGUGCUUGUCCAGUUGGCACUGAGUUUGGCUAUUGCUGAGUCCGCCUUCGAGUUUGAGCAUCGAGAUUUGCAUAUCGCAAACGUUUUGAUAUCGAGAGAAGAGGGAGUUUGGGGAGAUUUGAAACUCAAUUCGAGCGAUCUCACGUGGUUUAUAUCCGACCAUUCCAUCAAAACGACUAUCAUCGACUACACUCUGUCCAGAAUCACAUUUGAUGGUUUGGCUGUAUUUUGCGACUUGGGGAAUGAAGAGGACAUCUUUCUGGGCAGUGAAGACGUCCUCCAGUUCGAAGUGUAUCGUCGAAUGAAAUUGAUCAACGGGUAUUAGUCAUCAUUUAGUUCUAGGAACGUUUGGAAAAAUUUCGAGCCACGAACUAAUCUUUUCUG